GUACUACCAUCCAAAAUCCAUCUCCUCUACUCAGCAUAUUUAUAUAUCACUCUCCCAUUCUACAUUCCAAACUGCAAAUGAGCAGAUAACAAGAAAAGGAAAAAGACACAACAGAUAAAGAAGAAAUGGCAAAUAAUAAGCCACAUAUUCUAGUCCUCCCUUUCCCUGCACAAGGCCACAUAAAUCCAGCAUUGGAAUUCUCCAAAUGCCUAGCCUCACAUGGUCUAAAAGUGACCAUCAUUUUAACCAGUCGAGCUAGCAAAUCUGCACAAAUUGCAUCGAACAGCUCAAUUUAUGUUGAAACUAUCUCUGAUGGCUCAGAGGAAGGUAAAGAACCAGAAAGCAUCGAAGACUUCUUCAAGCAGUUCAAUGCAGCAGUUUCACAGAACUUGGCCAAGUUCAUUCAAGAACAAAGAGCUACUUGCCCGGCUAAGGUUCUAGUGUAUGACUCUAUCAUUCCAUGCGCUUUGGAUGUAGCACAUCAGGAAGGCCUACUUGGAGCUUCAUUUUUCACUCAGGCUAGUGGUGUUUGUGCUAUUUACUAUCAUAUACACCAAGGGUUGAUAAAAUAUCCUUAUGAAGAUUCGGAGUUAUUCUUGCCUUCCAUGACUCCACUCGAGGUCAACGAUUUACCUUGUUUUUCCUUUAUACCGGAUCCAAACAAUACUGUUGUCAGGCUUCUUGCGGAUCAAUUCUCAAAUCUGGAGGCAGCGGAUUGGAUCUUUAUCAACACGUUCGACAAGCUGGAAAAUGAGGUUCUUAACUGGAUGGUAAGCCGGUGGCCAUUUAAGACUGUUGGACCAACUUUUUCAUUAAUAUACCCUGGAAAGAAACUUAUGACCGAAAAGAACCAUAAGAUUAAUCUAUUCGAACUAAAUUAUGAAGCAAGCAUGAAAUGGCUGGACUCGAGAGAAAAUGGUUCUGUUGUUUAUGUCUCAUUUGGAAGUGUGGCCAACGUCAAAGAACAGCAAAUGGAAGAACUAGCACAGGGACUAAUAUCGAGCAACUGCUAUUUCCUAUGGGUGGUCAGAUCUUCAGAAGAGCAUAAACUUCCGCAAAACUUCACUUCCAUGGCAUCAGAGAAAGGUUUAGUGGUGAAUUGGUGUCCCCAAACUGAAGUCUUGACUCAUCGUGCAGUGGCGUGCUUUAUGACACACUGUGGAUGGAAUUCUACACUUGAGGCAUUGAGUUCUGGGGUUCCACUUAUAGCCAUGCCACAGCUUGUAGAUCAAAUGACCAACGCGAAAUUUAUUGAGGAUGUAUUUAGAGUAGGGCUACGCGCUGAGACAGAUGAAAAUGGGUUAGUUAGAAGAGAAGAAAUUGAAACAUGCAUCAAACAAGUUAUUCAAGGAGAAAAAGGGAAGAAGCUCAUGGAAACUGCUGGUAAGUGGAAGGAAUUGGCUAAAGAGGCCGUGGAUAAAGGUGGAAGUUCUGCUACCAACGUUGAAAUUUUUGUUUCAAAACUUCUGAAUCUGUAACUUGUCCUUUAAAGAUAGUAACUAGGAGUGAAAAUUAUUUCAGAAUUACAGGUAAAGAUUUGGAAAGAACUAGAAAUAAUUGGAGGCCUUAAAAUCCAAACAUAGCUGUUGUUACUUUGACAAAAAGAUAAGUCUCUUUCUUUUCCUCUUGGACUGUUAAAAUCAAUUUGCUGAUGCCAAUAGACAAUGUUGUUUGGGAAGCAAAUGUUUGGUAAGUGUGUUUUCCAAGCUUAUCUCAGCUACUAAAUUUGAGUACUAUUAAUUAAAUGGAAGGACUUCUGCU